GGUUCGAAUCCUGCAGGCGUCGCUCUUCAUAAAUGUCACCGGAUAUUCUUUUUGAUUUUUUUUUACCUUUUGAUUUCUCCCUUUAUCUUAAAAGCUUAAACGAUUCCGAAUUAUUAUGUUGCUGCAUCUUCUCGUAUUUGAGCUCCUUUUUUAUCCCCUGAGCGUGAUGCUGGUUUUCAUUACGACUCUCAAUACGGCGUAUAUGCAUGGUAUACCAGGGCAGGGUUGUCGCUAUGACCAGUUCGCUGAGUCACCGUCGCAUUUUAUUUUGCAUCUACAUAUUUCAUCAUCGCUCUCUCAAAGAUUAGGGAGUAUUUAAUAAUGGCAAUAUGUCUAUCCUUUCUAAAAAUAAAAAAUAAAUAAAUACCAGCUCGAUUCGCCCUGAAAGCCCUCCACUUCUAAAGGACUUUUCAACCAUAGCAGUAAACCUUGGCUAUGGAGGAAAAACACAAAGCUGUAGAUGUGUCAAACACAUCUCAAUUUUCUCGCUCUACGAGAAUACUACUCUGGGUCAUUUUGCCGGCCAUUUUCAUCGCUCUCGGCAUCGCAUCACCUCUGACGGCGCUGCUCUCUCUGUUCGUCCUGGCUCCGACGUUCUGUCUGCUAUGGUAUGACCGCGCGCGUCCCGUCGAUCAGAGAACGGACCCUGAGACCUUCAUCUGGACAUAUGUGCUCGUUGGCACUGUUGGCGUCUUCGCCGUCGUUGUUGCCCAGUCGCUUUUACUGUAUCUUCUGAGUUAUACACUAUUUCCGUCCUCGGUGUCCGCCCUUCUCGCCGAGUUCGCAAGGGACGAGAACAAAGUCGCUAGUCUGGACGCCGAAGCGCUGGCCGCGAGAAGACAGAUAGCAGGCUGUUGGCAGUAUUGGGCGCUCAUGUUCUUGUUCGCGUACUGCGGCGCUAGCAUCCCGGAAGAGCUUCUCAAGUACUCUGGAUUGGUGUAUGCUCGACGUCGAGGACGCAUUACGCACGAGCAUAACUACGUCGCGCUGGCGGCAGCGGCAGCGCUGGGUUUCAGCACGUUCGAGAACAUCGGGUUCAUGUAUGCUGCCGUGGGGGUGAAUCAGGACUUUGCACAUCUCGCCCUGGCUAUCGUCGAGCGCGUGCUGAUCGGGUCUCCCAUGCAUGUAAUGAGCGGUCUACUCAUCGGUCUCGCUGCCGCCGGCCGGGACUUCCGGGGGGAGACCUCAAGUCUGGCGCAGAUUAUAGGUCUCCCCGCGGUCAUUCAUGGGGCCUGGGAUUUCUCACUAUUUGGCAUUAGCGCCUUGAACGGAAACGUUGGAUGGAUCCACCCUCACGGAAAGUCGUUGCUGGCUACUAUCGCCGUUGCCGUUAUCGUCGAAGGUACACUACUCUUUGUUGUCCGGAGGAGAUUUGCGAGUUGGAAUUCUCGUGAGGCUAAAACGAAAUAAAUGGACUGAACUACGAACGAGAUGUAUUGUUGCUAUAUAGACUCAGCUCACUACUUCCAUAUAUGAUACCCCACUCUGUACAUGGCAGAAUAUAUGCCUAACAUGAUAAUAUGAAUGAAAGUCUUGCUCAACAUAAUAUACCAACUACAACGUCGGUAGAGAAUGAUGAAUAAAUGUCGAAACCAUAGCUACAUCUCUGUUCCAUCCCUCUAAAGACUCAGUCCGUCGAGGUAGUAUUCACAAUUUCGCCAUUGUCCAGGUAUACAAUCUCGUAACCGAUCUACAGCGAUGCUCUCGAAGGAUCGAUCCAUGCCUUCUCCGGCUCCGAUGCCCGAGCACCGAACUCGGGAUCCGACAACAAGCUUGCGAUGUUGUCCAGGCUAGGGGCGUAAUAGUUGACACCGCGUCGUAGUUGUCAACCUUGUUUUUUAGCCUGGUUUCGGCGCAAUCACUGUCUCGAGCGGAGCGCGGGAUGCAGAUGGUGUAAAAUACUGUUAUAAAACUCAAAUAUCAACCUCCUCGUUCAGAGCGCAG